UGCGGUCUUGCUUUCCGAAGUCACCAAAAAAAUAUGUAUUUGAAAACGGUCGUUUUUAUUGCUUUUUACGCCGUAGUUAAUAAAAUGCAUUAUUGUACGUCGAAUGACGCUGGUUCGGUAUCAUUUGACAGAUUGGAGUUACAAAUUGAAAAAAUUAGUAAGUAUACCUAUUAUACCUAGGAAGAUUUUUUUAUUAUCACGAUCCAGCGAUUUUCUAGGAGGACUUCAAGUAAAUUGAUUUAUUCUUAUAAGUACACUAGCUGUCCCGCACUCGGCGUUGCCCGCGCUAAUUUUUUAUUCUUUUUACCUAUAUUUCCGUUUUGCUUUGUCCGUAUUGAAAUAAAAAAAAAUAAGUGGGAAGUGGAUAGAAGUGUUCUGUGUAUCUAUAGACAUAUUUUAUCUUUUAUAAUUUGUUUAUGAGAGUAUCAUACAUUUUUUGCAUUCGUGUUACUAUAGAUAUUCGCACAACAUAGGGGUUAAAAUAUUUAUCCACUAUAUUAACCUUAAAAUUAUUUGGACAUAAUAGUACUAUACUGUUGUUAAUGUACCGAAAAAUACAAAACUUCAAAAAUGACGCUUUACGUGUUUUCAGUUUUUACUUAGCUAUCCAGUAUAACGCAUAGUUUUUCGUUUUUUUUUUCAUUCAUGUUAGCAAAGUAGCCCAUCCUAUUUCAAGCCAAUAAUAGACCGACAGACAGACAGAUAGACUCUUUAUUUUAAAUUGUUAUAGUUGUUAGGGUCUUUUUUUGUUUUAAUUUGUUUUCAUUUCAUCCGUGUUACUAUGGGAAUCCAUAUUUCAACAAAAAUACCUAAAAACCUUUCAUCUUCUAUUUCAUUUCCUUCAAGUUUUAUUUUCGUGAUAAAAAUUAGCCUGUGUUUUUUUCCAAGGUCACAUAUAUCUCUAUAUCAAAAUUAAUCUAAAUCCGUUCAGUAGUUUUUGCGUGAAAGAGCAACAAACAUCCAUUUAUACAUCUUCACAAACUUCUACAUUUAUAACAUUAUUAGUAGGACAUUAGUAGGAUUCAUAACUAUGCACGUAUAAUUUAUAUUAGUAUAUUAUUAUAUAAUAGAAGUACCUAGUGAUAAUAUUUGACAAACGGAUCGAUAUUUCAGAACCAGCACACGAAACAGAAUGGAUAGAAGAAUGUAAAUGCGUUUUACUUGCUGAUUGUAUACACGACGAGAACGACGCGUCAAUAGACAUUAGAAUAAUCACAGUAUACACUGCAAUUAAUAAAAUAUUCUAAAAUAGUAUAUUGUAUACCUAAAUUAAAUUAUAUAUUGUUUUCUAGAAGCCUGAUAAAUGUCCAUCAGGAAAAGUGUACUGUUGUUCGGACCCAUGGUUAGGUAAUCCGUUAUCGAUGUGCGGUAAGACAACAGCACAGGAUAUCGAAGGGGUCGACGUUCAACCAGAUCAGGUAAAAUAGAAUACAGGUUAUUAUUAUAUUUUAAAAAACGAUAAUUUUGCAAAACGAUCUUGAAUAAUUUAAAAAUAAUUAAGGCAACUCUUAGUAACUGUUGUUUAAGGGGUAACAUAUAGGCAAUUUCUUAUCUUCUCGUCAGCUUGUGAUCUUUGUAUUAGUUGUAAGUAGUGAUAGUUGAGUUGCUCAGAAUCGUUCUUUCCGCGAUGUUUUAUCGCUAUAUAUAAUGUAAAUUUAAUUACUCUAUAUUCCUAUAUUUUGGAUAGUACCUACUUGCACACAAAUAUUAUGAAAAUAAAAUUAGAUAUUCCGAUAUUUGAUAAUAUUAUAAUAUUCAUUGUUUGCGUAUUUUUAAACGCCCGACUGUGGGCAGACAUAGUAUACGUACGCGAAUGCACAAGUCACCAAAUACACGCUCAAAAAUAUUUGUCUACUUAAAAGUGAAAGAAAAAUAAACCUAUUCCUUGAAGCCUAAUUUUAAUUUUGUAAAAUAAUUUGAUUCGUUAGCCUGUUUUCUAUGUUUUGUAGGAAAUAUAGAUUAUUAAUAUAGUUUUUAUAAUACGGUAACAAGUGAAUUUACCUUAUUUCUCAAAACGAAUUUGUAAUUCAAACGCUCAAUGAGACAAAAAAAUUAAAAAAGUGUCUCCUACUAAUUAUGGAAGAGUGCCUAAAAAAUUCAAAUUAUUUUACAAAAUUAAAAUUGUACUACUAGAAUUAUGUUUAUUUUUCUCUCGCUUAUAGGUCUAAAUGCAUACAAAAUUCAAUCGUUAAGGGUUCUAAAUGAAAGGAUUUUUAAUCCCCUUAACUGUUUUUUACAGGUGCAUAUUAUUAAAAAUAUUAGUUUAGUAAGGUAUCUCUAUUACAUUAUUAAAUUGAGUUCUACAUUAAAUGUCUACCAGUUUGAAAUUAAUAAAUUCAAACUAAUUUCACAUUAUAAUUUUUAAUUGCAGGCUAAGUUUGGAGAAUUUCCCUGGCAAGCUUUAAUUUUGACCAAUGGCAAUUCAUUCGUGUCAAAUGGAGCUUUAAUAGACAAUAAACAUAUAAUAUCAACUGCGCAUUUUUUAAAUAGUUUCACCAAGUAAUUAUACUCGUAUGGUACAAAAAAAUCUUUUAAUAAAUUGUGAACAAGUAAAAUUUAAUUUUAAUGCGUUUCUGAAAUUUGAUUACUUUUGGUAACGGUUAUAAAUGUUUGUAUUUUUAAUUUUAGAAUUAAGAUGUAAUAUACAGUGAAAAGUGUAAUUCGUCGACUUUGGAAGUAAAUAAUAUAAUUUUGAGAUUUUCUCGUAUAAGUCGUUACCGUAUUACUUGAUCAUUUACAUACUAGGCUAUUUCAGACCGGUGAAUUUUAUUGCCCAAGCUACAUUAUGCGAUUACUUAUAAUGCUGUAACUAAUUAAAAAUAUGUUGAGGGUCCAACACUCAAUGCUCAUUUUUUUAGCAUUUCAAUAAACAUUUUUUUUUUUUAAAACCACCUUCGGCUUUAGACUCUUGGAUUUGUGAUAGAAAAUGCAGUUGUGAACUGAUAUUUGAUUCUUAAGAAGCAUAAAUUGGGGCUAAAGCUAAGGUUAAGGCCAAAGCUAAAACUGUACUUUAUUAUUCAGGAUCAGAUAUAAAUCAAUGGCUUAAUUUUUUAUGAUAAUUCAAUGCAGAGAAUCGUGACUAUUUUUUAACCGAGACAGAAGAAUAAUAUUCAUUUUUCUAUUUACCUUAUUAUUAUCUUUUCUCGACCUCAUAAAAAUGCAGUCGAGUUUUCUUUUUUUUUAAUUCAAUGAAAUCGUAUCUACUAUAAUCGACAUUUGGUAAUAUUGUACCUAAAUUUGUAUGAAUUCGAUAACAGAAAUUAAUGGACAUUUUAAAAUGAAGUAUAAAUAGGAAUUAAAACGUUUUAAAACAAGUGUAAGCCAUUCAGUUCAUCCCAAAUCAUUUAAAAUUAGAUAAUGAUCAAUAUAGAAUAUUAUUAUAGUUGGUACAGGGUGAUUCUCUUAUCGUGAUUGUUGAUCCAGCGAUUAUUUCAGAGGAUUUGAUGUAAAUUUGAUUUCUGUUUUUCUCAAUUAUUAAGGAAUUGUAUCAGUUCUAUAUAAUACAUUACAGGUACUUAAUGAAUGUUGGGCAAUUUUACGUUAUGGUUUCGUAUUUUUUCGAUUAACAAAAUUUUUUAUUAACGAUUUACUACAGUUGCCAAUAACUACGGUAUUUAUAUUUAUGAAAUCUUGAUAGAACGAUAAUUUUGUUUCGUAUUAUAGGAAUGUCAGCUCAUUGAAAGUACGAUUGGGCGAAUGGGACAUAUACAAGAAUGUGGAACCACAGCCUCACGUUGAAAGAUCUAUAGUCAGUAUCACCGUCCAUCCCGAGUACUCUUCGUGGAAUAUGCACAACGACAUCGCAGUAAUUACCAUGUCCGAGACGGUGAUGGUCACUGGCCACGUAAGCCCGGUGUGCUUGCCUCCUCGGCCACCCAAUGCAGUGUCGCCACGUCAAUGGACGGGAUGCCGCGUGUCCGGGUGGGGCACGGAGAGUUUCGAGCGGCCACGUUACCCGGGAGUAUUAAAGAAGGUAAACGUCCCGCUGUGGGACCGUAGCCGGUGCGUCAAGAGUCUGAGGGCUACGAGACUCGGCGGUCGGUUCGAAUUACACGAGGGAUUCUUGUGCGCUGGUGGCGAAGAGAAUGAGGAUGCGUGCAAGGUAAGUGGAUUCGUUUCUGGGUUGUGACAAUACUUGACUAAAGACAAACUAUUGUUUUUCGCAUUUGACGCUAACAACUUUUUGACCAGAAACUUUGCUCCAAUCGAAAACUUUAUUGGAACUACUUUCUCGUUGAUUAUGUUGUCUAACUAAUAAAUUUAUAAGGGUUUUUUGAUGUCUAUGUACUUUUGUUAUUAAUAACAGAAAAACGACGAAAAAACGUCGGAAAUAUUUACGUAACAGCGGUGGUUUCUGUUAAUUUUAAUUUUGAGUUUUUGAUUUUUAAUACAGUGAUAAAUAACUAUAAAGAUUUAAAAUUUACACCAAAUAUUUAUAUUAGGACUAUGCAUACGUGGUACCUACAGCUUUUAAAGUAUUCUGAAGUUUUUAAAAUUAUUUGUAGCUAAUUGAAAUUUUUGAGUUUUCUUUAUUGGUUUCACAUGGAUAAAAAUGUUAAAAUAAUUUUUUUAUUGGCUCUUCAAGUUAAAAUCCGUUAAAAAUACGAACAAUUAUAAUUUAUUUUGAAAUUACAAAGCAAUGAAAUGUUCAUAUUAAAUUUUUCAAAAUAUGUGAAUUGUUUUUACUUAAGUACGGAUAUAAAUUAAAUUAUCCUAAAUGCUUUAUACAUAUCCAACUUUCCUAAUUGUCCACCUACUACAUGAACCGAAGUAUGUCCGGCAUUUUAAUUAUUCAUUGAUAAAUACUAUAUAAACAGGCUAUUUUGCUAUUUUUUACGUAGGGUGAUGGUGGUUCACCGUUGGUAUGCGAACACGAUUCCGUCUCACAUUUGAUUGGAUUAGUGUCUUGGGGUAUCGGGUGUGGAACCGCAUCCGUACCGGGUGUCUAUAUCGACGUGAAUGUUUACGUUACUUGGAUUGAAAAGCAAAUACGUUCCGAAGAAGUUUUACAUUGAUGGUAAACAACUAUUCAAUUUUUAUCAUUC